AUGGCAGGCAAAACACCCAAUAACAGCGUCUGGAGCGCAAUGGACUACACGCCACCACGAGGCCGCUGCAACUUCAAGUCCUCGCUCAUGUCGCCGGCAUGCCCUUGCCUGAGAUUCAUGCUGCAUCCAGUCAAAGCAGCAACAAGUUUCGAUUGCGACGGCUGCUCUCACCACGCCUCCUUCCACUCUUUGGACAACCCAGCAGAGGAUGCUGUACUCAAGAAGUGGGCGCAGCAUCAUGUCGAGGAGAAGGCGAGUCAGUCGACUGCGAUUACGGCCAAGAAGCGCAAGUUUUUGACCCAGACGGCUGCCAAUGCGGAAGUGUUCGACAUGACAAGUGACGACCACGAGGAGACAGUCUAUGCACCGGUCUUGCUUGCUGGGAAGAGCCGCAGCAAGAAGAAGUGA